CUUACUUGAAGAGCUUCAGCUCCCUGCAUGGCGAUGCUAGUGCUCCAUCAGCUGGCGUUGCGCCGCUUGCGUCAAGCAGAUCAUUUUUUGACCCCAGCAGCACAAGGCCAACUCUUUGAUAAACUGCGCACAUUGCGCUAGUCUGGGGGCACGCAGUGCCAAAUGAAUGCUUCAACAAUCAUUUAAGCAGAGCCGCUUGGCACAUUGGCAGCUGACAGCGACAGUUCCAGAGCAGAUUGGCUUGAGUCACGUCCUGAGCGCAUGCAAGGCUCAAAGCUUGUGGGGGGCAGCCCUGUCCACACUGGCUUGGGCUCUUCAGCACAGGCCUUGCCCUGACAAAAUCAAUUUCAGCAUCGCCAUCAGCAGCCUGGCUGCUGUCGGCAGCCUGAAAACAGUUGCUUGGUGCACUGGACUCGGCAUGUUGACAGCCAUGUCCAAGCAUCAAAUUGAGGGCGACAUCGUGAGCUAUAGCUGCAUGAUCAACACUGUGAGCCACAAGUGGGCAGCAGCCUUGGCUUUGUUUUGUGAACUUUCGAGCUGCGCACUAUCACCCAACGUAGUGGCUUGCGGCUCUGUGGUCAGCGCGUGCGCUACAUGUCAAUGGAGAGGAGUGGCCUCAAUGCUACUAUUCAUGAGAGCCACGCAAGUGAGGCUGAACACUAUCACAUGCAAUGCGCUGUGGAGCUCACAGGCGCUUUGUUGGAAUGAUGGCGUGGAAAUCUUGCAGAGGAUUGGUCAAACUGCUGUCCGUAUCGACGCCGUCUCUUGCAACUCGCUGAUCACCUGCUGCGGGACAUCAUGGCAGGCUGCGUUGGGCCUUUUGCGCACCAUGUACCUGGAACUUGUCCAGACCACGUCAUUUUCACUGAACGCUGCGCUGAGCGCUUGCGAGACGUCAACGCAGUGGGCUGCAACGUUUGCAUUGCUUUUCCAGGGACGGGCACAAGAAGUGUGCGUGGAUGAAGUCACCUACGGUAGUGCAAUCGGUGGGUUUGGCAGAACUCAAUGGCCUUCAGCAUCGCAACUCCUGCAGAACUGUGAGUUUGAUAGCGUGGAGCGCAACGUCGUGAUUCUAAAUACACUUGUGUCUUCGGGCGGCUCCAUUCAUGGGUGGAUGCAGGCAGGAGGCCUCCUCCACUACAUGCAGAUUGACACCGUUAAUCCAUCGACUAUCACAUUCGGGGCCGCAAUGAGCACUUGCGCAGAACAAGCGCAGUGGCUUCAGGCACUGCGAUUUUUCCAGGAGCUCACAAGCCGCCAGUUGCAAAGAAGCCCCAAAGUCGCCACCGGGCACACCCUGCAUGUCAGGGCCGCAGUUGUAAGGCCUCGCAAGAAAGCUCCGUCUUUGCUAUUUUCGGCGAGGGGGAACCUGCCUGCUGGCUCCAUGAAAGCCCGUGUGCCAGCAUUGCUGGCCACGCGUGACACAUCUUCCACCGCAAGACCGCUGGACCCAUCGUACUGGACCCUCCAAACAUGAUGGAUGAAAAGGUUUCAUGCACAGGUUGACUUUCGCAACGGAAGAGCCCAAUCUUGACAGGGUGGCGUUGCUCACAAUCUUGCAGUCGGCGCUGCCUCAGACGGUUCUUUGUGGCAUGUUGGGCUGAACUUGCUGACGGAGAUGUCCAGCUGUGUGGUGCAGCAGGACGUCGUCGCCUUCACAGCAACGGUUGCCGCGUGUCACCACCGAUAUUGGAAGGUUGGGCUUGAGAUUCUGCAACACAUGUCGCGAAGAACGGUGCCUCAGGAUGCCAUAACUCUUGACUAUGCGAUUUCUGGAAGUUCAAAAGGGGGCCACUUUCUCAUGGAGUUUGACGUCAUGCAGGCACAAGUGCUCCAGCAAUUGAAGCCAGACAACUUGGAGGA